CACGAGUUCAGAUACGUACACUCGCUCAUGCUCCUGAGUCCCCGCUGUCGGAGUCAUCACCACCUUGUUUUGGCAGCGCCACAGCCGGCCGCCGCUUGCUUGUCGCGUCCAUACUCUGAUCAUCUAGCCCACCUACCGACUCGCUCACACUGCCGUAUGCGUGAGACACACCGUCCGCAGAACUUGGGGGAAAGCCUUGCUGGUCCUCCUUCAGCAUCGUGAGGACCGCGAGCGAUUCGACGGCGUGGUGCAUCGAUAGCGUGAAGGCUGGACAGAGGAAGCCCAGUUGCGUCCUGACAAACAGUACACCAGACAAAUCAGGGGACAGGAACUUGACCGUGAAUCGCUCACCUAAGCAGAGACGCCGCUUUCUGCUUUCUGUUGCCACUUUUGGCCUCGCCAUAGUCAGGGAUCUGCGCCGCAAAGCCCUCCAAGUCCUUCUGCAGCAGCGCAUUGGUGAAGUAUAGUGAGGGCGCGGCCUCCUGCUCCAUCGCUGCGGCGGCCCGUCGCAGCUCCUCCAUCUUCUGCUCGCCCUCUGCCGUAUGCAGCCCCUGGCUCUCUGCCCACAGAGCGUCCUGAAUCAGCUGGAAGAAUUUCCCGCCCUGCUUGUCCUCGGCCGGGCGAGGAGGGAAGGGCAGAAGCCGUGUGUCGCGCGCUGGCGACACCUGGCGGGAACGGCUGCAUAUCGAUGAGGCAAAGUGGAUGAAUGAAUGAUCUGCGAUGUGGCGAUGUCUCUUCCAUGUGGCGAUGUCUCUUCCUUGCCUGGUGGCGUCAAGGAGCUUCUGGGCACGUGUCAUGCGGCCUGAGGAGAGAACCACACAACAGCUGACACUGGAUGCACUCUUGCACCCCAAACGCAUUCGCUUACUCCUCAACCUCCUGAUGUUGUCCUUGACGAAAUCGCCGGGCAUACCGAUGCCGUCACUAUUGGCCCUCAUCUCCAACAUACCUGCAUGGCAUGGCAUGGCAUGCAUGUGGAUGCACACAAUCCAGUUUUGCCUCAGGUCAGUGUGCUUCUCCCCACCGAUGUGAUCGUUGAAGAGAGACUUGGACUGAUUCCACGCGGCCUCGAAUUGUUCCACCAGCUCACUCGAAGGCAGCUCAGGGACUCGCGCCUCUGACAAGAAAGACAUACAGUGCGGAAUGUGGAAACCAUGUGACAGGGCUCAUUCUGCGGACCGAGGCACGUGAGGUCGCUAUCUACAUCGAGAAGGGCAUCAGCCAGGUGCAGCACCGACACUGUCGGCUUCGCCGCCAACGGCUCACCUGAAGGCAGACAGGCAUCCACAUGCACGCAAAUGCCGUGCCAUUCAUUUAUGUGUCUCUGACCCUUCCCCUUGAGGUCGAAUAUGUGUCUCGCGAGUGCCUCCCGAUAGAUCUGUAGUGCCCUACUCACUGUCGGCCACUCGGCGUGAGACCAGGUGGGCAGGUCGCUCCACAGCUGCUCAGCUGCCACUACAGCACUCGACCGCCGCCGACUCGCCACACUCGCGGCCACGACGCUUGCGCGUCGUUCGGCCGCGCGUUGGGCAGCGUCAGGCUUGGGUGCUUUGAGGAGGGAAAUAGCGAAGGCCAGCUCACGCACAUCGCUGCCUGCAUUGAUGCUCUCAUCCUGGGGACCUGAGACACGUCAAAGAACAGACCCAUGCAUGGGUGGUGAGACAAGGGCGGUGGGUGUGGGAGUCUGUGCAUCCUUCUGUCUGUGUCACCAGAAGUGAACAGGGCAGCGAGGAGUGUGCGGCGCCUGUCGCGCUCGCUGAGCCAUGUGGACGACAGCACAGACAGCAACUCGUCCACAUCGAUUACCUAAGCCACCGCAAGCACAACACGGGCGCCCAAAUACUGUGAGCUGGCCGGCGGCAGCUUACAGUGGUCUUCUCGCCGGCAAUGCGCAUUGUCGAGCGCACGGCGUCUAUCUGACGACAUGCAGUUCAAGGCGGAGACAGACAUGUGCACGAGGCCGGCGCACUCACUGACCUUCCGUGUCAGGAGUUGCAGGCCAGCGUCGGAAAGCUUCAUCCACCUUACACGGGAAGGGCCACAAAUGCCAUUCGAAAAAAUUUGUGUGUGUGCCAGCUCACUUGUGUGAAGAUUGGUUGCUCGACAUGACUUUAGCGGCCACCUCUUUGCCGUGCUCAAGCAGCAGGCACGCCUGCAAGCCCACGCACACAUGAGAUGCAGCCGCACGGGGGACGGACCGAUUGCUUCCUCCUUUCCUGACGUUCUGGCGUGAGGGGAAGAGCUUUCCCUCUUCCCGAUCAAGAACCAACGGCUGGAUCUCCGCCAGUGCUGAGAGCACAAAGUCGAUGAGCCCCACGGGGGUCUCCUCUAGCAUGCCCAGCAAUUUCAGGAACAGCCGGACGCGGAGAUGGCUGUCCUUGUGAGUGAGGGCAUUUGCGAUAAGGACGGCCAGCUGCCUCUCUGUUGCCAUGGGCGUCAGCACACGGCAUGCAACGAAGUCGAUCAGGAAGUCGUGAAUGCUUAGCCUGUGAGAACGGGCGAGACACGUGGGUGGUCAAGGUGAAUCGGGAUAGGACUUCUGGCUUGUUUACCUGGGGCUGUUCUGUAGGUCUGCGAGGGUGUCUGCGAGGAUUUUGUCGAACCACACGGCAGAGAUGACCUGCACAGACACACAAGACAGGCAAUUUAUGAUAUGCCUUUGGAUUGCUAUGCAAAUGAACCGACAUCGAGCAUCUUCUGCAGCGACCACAGGGGUGUUGGAUUGAGCCAGCUGAUGGCUUUGGUGGCGGCGUCUUCGAAGAGGUCCACCUUGGCUGACCCCGGCUUGGCCUUGACCUCCUGCAUGCUCCUCUUGUGCUCUGCCUGCACACCGUCGUCGAUCUCCAACUCGCUCACCUGCCAUGCCAUGCCAUGUACACACACAUAUGACAUGCAGACAGCUGACGUGAGACAGGCUUCUGGGUGACCUGUGUGGCUUUGCAUGGCAUGCCGUAUCCCUCCAGCAGCAGCCGCCUCAGCCGCACAAACGGGCUGAAUAAAUCAUAUGCCUCGCUGAAGGUCAGGCCAUUCUCGAUCGCUGCACUCCAAGAGAAAAGGAUCUCAUUUGCCUGUCUAUGUGCCAAGAUCACUUGUAUGCUUACACUCCAGCCACUGUAUUGACAUGUCAACGGGCAGGAGGCGCUGCAGCUGCUCGCGGAGCAGAAUCACCACACGACGAACCACCGAGAACCUGAUUGAUAGACGCAACCGACGGAGGGCGAAUGCCAGCCGGUUGUACAGCUCUCUCUCUCUACUCACCCGAGCAGUCGUGCCUUGUCGUCUCCUUUGAGCCUCUUGAAGAGCUCUUCUGUCUCGCCCAGGUCGUCUUCCCGCGCCUGAUCCACUCGAGACAGACCUGCACGAAUGCCGAGACCACAACAGCUGGCUGGCCCUGUGUGAUUGGCACCUUAGGUACCCGUGGAGACGAAGCGCACCAGGAGACAAACCUAAGAUGGACAAGGAGACGUGAGUGUCGCUGGUUGGCUUUGUAUGCCUUGUUGCGUCUUUGUACCUCCUGCAGGAUGGCGUCGAUCAUUCCGCGUGACAAGCCUACAGAGAGAAACCAGUGACCUCCCGGAUGGUGCAUGUGUUUGUGUUUCCCUACCGUGGUUGUAUUGCGACUCGAGCUGUGUGCGGAGGUUGUGAAUCAUCUCCCGUGUGAGUGCGAAACGGGGGUACACGAUCUGCACCACGUCCCGCAGCCUGGUGCAAAGCUCCUCAAAAUCGUCACUCGCCAGGAUGCCGUCCUCGUCGUCAUCAAACCUGAAUGCACACCAAACCCAUCGAUGUUUGGUCGUUAGUCAUCUGGCUGGCUGGCUGGCUGGCUGACUUUUGGAAGAUUUGCAGUCCAAUGGAAUCGAGAAGGUCCCUCGCAUCAUCAAAACUGUGAAUUGUAAUAUAGGUACGAGAGACAGUGAUACAUAUGUGUCUGGAAGGGUCUGCGCCGCUGCUUUCUCACAUGGGCGGUCGGGGCCACUGCAUGUCGGUCAGCAGCUUGCGCAUGAUGCGGACGUCACACCUGGACGAGAAGGCACAGACGGCAUCUAUUGGUGCGCAUCGGCAUAUCUUAUGUCUGUCUGCCGGAUUGGAUUGCCAGCUCGCCUCGACACGAAGUCCCUGAGAAGGGUCUUUGAGCUGCCGAUCUCUUUGACCUCCAGCUCAGUCAGAAAGUCGGUCAGAUACUUCAUCUCGUACCCCUCACCUGCACGGCCACAACAGUACUGACCAUGGGUGGGUUGGCAGGCGGCCAGGUGAGGUGAGCCUUCCUUCGCCGCACUCACAUCUCCUCCACAGCUGGACUGCGUCGGCCUCUAGCACCUUGACCCUCUCGUCGAUUGACGGCAUGUGCCACUCGCUCACCGCACUCAUCAACUUGCCCGUUGCUGAGACACAACACAACCACACAUAAGCGCCGAGGAAAGCUGUGGCCUGCCGACCGUGUUGCAGUCCAGGGUGCCUCAGCUGCACGCCUUUCUUCCUCAGGAUCUCCCUCAUCUGAUACUUGUCGAAGUGGGCUUUUUCGAUCGCUGCCGGAGCCGCGGCCAUCCCGGCAUCGGCUGCCAGAGGGGGCGUCUUUCCACUUCGGUGUGUCUCGCGCUCCUCAGCGUGUUCGGUUUCCUCUUCGUCUUCGUCAUAGACCUUAGCUGCACCAGCAGCAGUAGCACAGAGGGAGCGACAGACUCACAUCGUCCCACCAUCUAUGUCUGUCACAGUGUGUCUGCUUCCCUGCCUCCCACCUUUGCUCAGCUCCGUCAUGAGUGUGUCGAUGCGCGAAGAGACAGACUCCAAAUGCAUCGUCAUCUGCAGACAGCCAGACGACAGCACACACGUACACACACGUGAGAGGGAACGAAUGUGCUUUUGCCGUCGUGGUUUGGUACCUUCUUGGUGAGUCUGGUGCUCUGCUGUGUCACGUUGGCGAAGCUGAGCUUCUCAGGAGCCUCAAAGUCGUCAUUGCCGAACACCGCUCCCUCGCCAGCCUGACUGACGGUGACUGACGUGCCAACGUCGCCCACGACGAUCGACCGCUGGCUGGGCUCCUCAGUGAAGACCAAGGAAUCUUCCUGAAGGCCAACGCAGAUGUGCACACACACAAAGAAGUUGUUGUGUGGUGUGGGUGUCCGGGUGCGGCGCCUCUCACGUCUGGCUCAGGCAAUCGUAAGCUUCGUUUGGCCGAUGCCUGGCCGACCAGGUCGCCACUCUUCCGGCUGCUUCUGUGGCUGCUGGCCAUGUCAUCUUGCUGAGCCAGGGAGCCCCACUCCUCGCCACUCGGCAUGGGGAACGACAUCGACACGGCCCCAUCACCAAAGCCCUCGGCAGCAGCAGCGUCCAUCGCCGAAGAGAACAGCACCGACCGGCGCUCCUUUCCUUUGGCCUUGCCCUUGGAGGAGGACUGCAUGACCGACUUGCCGGGUGUGGGCGGCUGCUGCUGUUGCUCCUGCCGCUGCUGCUGUGAGACGGGUGUGAGUGGGGGUGAGGGGGGAGGGAGGGGUGCAGAGAGGUGAGGCUCGGCACCUGACGCCGGAGACACUGGGAAAGAGACACAAAUUGAUCCGAUGUGCGUCGCAAGUCUCGCAUGCGUGUGCAUUGUACGGUCGUCUUCAGGCGGCACGGAUGUGGUGGUGAGCCUGCUCUCCAGGUACUCGCAGUACUGCACCGACGUGUCAAGAAGGGCAUCGUACUGCUGCAGGAUGCUCAGGCUCAGCUGUGCCAGCUCGCCAACCACCCGGCCGCGUUCUCGAUCGUGGGCAGUCACCUGACGCUUCAACUCCUGAUCGAACAAUCAUGUCGAGACAACGUGAAAACGCUUUUCUGUAUCGCCGUGCUUUCUCUCUGGCACACUCACCCCAAAAACGCCCAUCUGCAGUGUCUCAAACUGCUGCAAGUACUCUGCCGCCCCCUUGAGCUCGGCAAGCGAGACCCCACUGGCGUCAUUGGUAUCCAUGGCCUCCUGCAGUGACGGCACUUGGGGCGCGUUGUUCUCGAGGGCGGUCCGCCACAAGCGCAGAACACGCCGUAGCAUUACUGCAUCCUCUCUGACCAAUACAUGGGCGGCAGAUGAGACACACAUCGUAGAGGAUGGGCACCUACCUGGUAGCUAUGAGCCGCGACCGAUCUGUGGCAGGCUUGGAAGGGGGAGGCCACUUCAACGACCUGAGAGGAUGAUCGAUGAUCGACCCGUGCAUUACGGCUUUCCCAUCCCUCUUGCCUCAUAUGUGCCUUACAUGGCUCCAGGGAGGGCCAUUGCGGGCGCGUGAAUGCCCAACACAUCAGGGAGCGUCUUCAUGUGCCGCUCAACGGUCAGGUGGGAGAGGCCCUGCAGCAGCACAUGUCUCAGGAACUCGGAUGGUAUCCCCGAUAUCUCGUCCUUCCUGUCGACGAUCAUGCCGGCCUUCUCGUCCUCUUCUGGCCGGCCUGCUUGGUCUCCCUUUGCCUCUUGUGGGGGCUGGAAUGCAUUCUGUAGGGGCGGGGAGAAGAAAGAUGACAGCACGGUGGGCGGCAGGGGAGGGAACCUGACACACGUGCGGAUGGAGAAGGAAACGAACAGAGAAUUUCUUGCCUUCUUGCGGCAUUCGUGUGUGUGCGUGUGUGCGUGUGUGUGUCUAUGUGUGUGCUUACCUACGUACCGUUCGGGUGCCGCAACGAAUCUGUGACGGCGCUGCAUCAGACCUCUGUGGACGGGACUGACCAGCGUCUUCUCCGACUGACUCAGCCGCAUCGUCCUGCCGCCAGCACCACUGUCGUCACUCUCACUGCGCGACCCACAGCCACGCCCGGCGGCUCCCCUGAUGGCCUGCAGCCCUCGGGAUCGUUUGCGCUUUCGUGUCGAGGAGAACGACCCCGAGGGGCUGCCGAAGGUGAGAACGUACUCACACUGCACACAGGACGAUCGAUGUGUCCAUGAGAGAGACAUGGGGCAGUGGUUGGUUGUGCCUUAAGCAUUCUCACUCACUUCUGACUGAUGGGCGCUGGGAUGAGAGUCGACUUUGAGGGAUGCGAUGAGGGGACAGCCGCCGAAUCGGACGAUGCUCCCCUCCUGCCGAAUGAGGGCAUUAACGUCUCCCGACUCAUUUCAAGGUCGUGUCACACUGCUACGCUCUUACCUUGAGAGGCCACGGGCUGUGGGGCUCCAGGCGAUAGCCAUCGACGUAUGUCCCAUUGGCUGCCACGAUGCGUCCAACGGCGCAGAGACACCACACCAGUGUCACGUGUAUAUGUGCCGACUCGAUCCAUCCAUCCCUCCAUCACCUGAUGCCAGAUCCAUUAUCUCGCCGAUGAAGCCCUGCUCGUCCGGCCACGGAAGCACCCUUAUGAAGGCGUGCGUCACACUCACAGACCAAUGCGCCAGAGCCACGCACCCCGCGGGACGCUGCUUGGGAGGAAAUGGCAGGCUUCGCCCAACAGUGACUGACACAGAGGGAGGAGAAAAGGAUACACAUCCAUUGGCACAUCCAUGUAUGUAUUCAUGCGUCCAUCGUCCAUACCGCCGGAGAAGUCAUGCAAUGGGAGAGUGAGAACGGGCUGAGCCUCCUCCCUCUCGACGCCUGCCGGAGAGCGGGACGCGGCAAACUCUCGCGGAUCCCACCGACGAAACUCCAACAUCACUGCCAUGGAUGAU